AUGCUGCCGCUCCUGUUCUUGCUUCUCUACAUCUCGCCCAGUGAUGCCAGCCGCGGGGAGGCAUCUCUGGAAGCUGCGAGCACACGACUCUCUAUGAGUGGUGUCAUGGAACAUUGCCAACGUGCAGUUGACACAACUCGCACGGCGAGCGAGACCAUCAAGGCCUUGCAGCAAUGUAUUGGUUUGCUCGAGGAGUUCGCCAAAGAGGGCAACCAAGCACGAACCGCCACCAAGCGAUCAGGGCAGCAGUACUCUGCUGACAUGAACCUCUUGGGUUCCUUCCUUCAGUCACUGGAAAGCCGAAUAGUGAAGACAUACAAGAAACACCAGCACAGCUAUGAGCAGCUUCGCUCUGAUCAGCACCAGGCUUUUUCGGGUUUCUUGGAGCGCUUGCAGACCAUGAAGGAUCCACUGCGAUCUCCACUCCGGACUCCUACGGCGCUGAAGGCUGUGGGGUAG